UCAUGAAUACAAGCUUAAAUACAAUCCCAGAUCUGGCUCUUAAUUCUAUUAAUCACUUUUAAAAUAUUUAUCUGACAAAUUAAUACCUUUUUUUUCUAGUAUUAAUUUGUCUUCACUUAAUAACCCAGUAGUUAUCUAUCCUUCCUGCACUUCGGAUCCUCCCCCUUGAAACAAAUUUCUCCUAUUAAUUUAGUUACCCUUCUUCGCUAAUUAACCCUAGUCUCGUAGAAAAGCCAUGAUACUUAGCAACUUAGCCAUGGCUUGUCUUAGUUAUGAAAGAACCAGAGCUUCACGCCUUCAUUUGGUUUUGGUUGUGUUACUUUAUUGCAUUUCUUCGGAGAUCAGCUCUAGUUUUGCAGAGCUUCAGAGGUUUGAACACGCACCGAAAGAUGAUGGCUCGAUUAGAUUUCUGGUGGUUGGAGAUUGGGGCAGAAGAGGGUUCUAUAACCAAUCCAAAGUUGCUUGGCAGAUGGGAAGGAUUGGAGAAAAGUUGGAUAUAGAUUUUGUGAUAUCGACGGGAGAUAAUUUCUAUGGGGAUGGAUUAAAGGGGGUAAAUGAUCUUGCAUUUUUGGAUUCCUUUAAAAACAUUUACACAGCUAAGAGCCUGCAAAAACAGUGGUAUAGUGUUUUAGGAAAUCAUGACUAUAGGGGUAAUACAGAGGCACAAUUGAGCCCUGCCCUCCGAAAGAUUGAUAGUCGAUGGCUUUGCCUGAGAUCUUUUAUUGUCAAUGCUGCAGAAAUUGCAGAAUUUUUUUUCGUGGACACUACUCCAUUUGCGACCAAAUACAUAACUGACAAAAAGCAUCAAUAUGAUUGGAGCGGUGUGUCUCCCCAUGGAGCUUACAUUACCAACCUUCUAAAGGAUUUAAAUGUAGCAUUGAGGAAGUCGAGUGCCAAGUGGAAGAUAGUGAUUGGUCACCAUACAAUCAGAAGUGCUGGACAUCACGGCGAGACACAGGAGCUGGUGAGGCACCUCUUGCCAAUACUCAAGGCUCAUAAUGUUGAUAUGUACAUAAAUGGACAUGACCACUGCCUGCAGCACAUUAGCAGCCUCAAUAGUCCGAUUCAGUAUUUCACAAGCGGAGCGGGUUCGAAAGCAUGGAGGGGUGAUAUUAAGGAAUACAAUAGUGAGGCCAUGAAGUUCUUCCAUGAUGGUCAAGGUUUCAUGUCUGUGAACUUGACCCGAUCGGAUGCUCUUAUCGUGUUUUAUGACGUUUUAGGCAGGAUUUUGCAUACAUGGAAGCUCAAUAAGCAGCUUCACUCCGCUUUCUAAUUAGAAAGAAUGUACAUGCCUAGACCCUCUUAACAAUAGUGUACAGGUUUUUGUAAAAGAAAUGGAUAUAAUUGACUAGUUUCUGCUGA